AUGUCUGAAGACGACCUGUUGUUGAGAGAAGGCAUCAAGAAGUCCACCAGUUUUGUUGAAGCGUUAGAAAGUUUCGGUCGCAAAGUUACCGGCACUCACGAAUCGUUUCCCCUCAAAGAUAAAUGCACCGUUCCCGACGUGGACGAAAUGAUUGACGCGGAAGAUCAUGAACAGUAUCCUCCUGGCUUUGGCCAAUACGACGACUUUCACACGAUCGACUGGCAGCGCGAUUUGGCUCGUGAUCGAUUACGCCACAAGUUUGUCUUAAAGAAAAGUCGUGAGUCGAUAUGCAACUUGAUAUCCGGGAUUUUUGACGCCGGCUCUGGCUGGAUUUGCGUUUUAUUGGUCGGAAUUGCAGCCGGCUGCGACGCUGGUAUCAUCGACAUCAGUACAAAUUGGAUGACCGAUCUCAAGGAAGGCGUUUGUCCAGACGCCUUCUGGUUCGACCGCGAACACUGUUGCUGGUCGGCGAACGACACGCUGUUUGCUGGGGAUAAGUGUAGCGCCGUACGUGAGUUUCUGGCUUUUUGA